AGAGCUCUCGGGCUUUGCUCUGCGAAUACCAUAGAAUAGAAAGGGAAGGGCGCACUGGUAUAAUUUUCUCGCAUAACACACAAUCCACACACAGGGAGGCUCGAGCCUCUUGUUAUUUUACUCGCAGAGGGGGCAGGGCUCAUCGCACAGCGCAGCGCACAGGGUGUGGAGGCCCUACUUCUCGUUUUCUUCCAUCCCUUUCUUUUCACUGUCCAUCCGGCCGCCAGUGCCGCUGCCGCGAUCGCCCCAGCUCCUCCUCGAUCCAGGGAUUCGCCCCGCGGCUUCUAGGGUUCGCAUUCGCCAGUCCUGUGCGGCGGCGCCGUGCGGCGGAGCUGGGGUUUUGGCGAUGCGGCCAGCGUAAGCACAAUGUGGGUGUGAUUCCAGGGAGUCUUGGCCGGGGUCGUGUCCGGCGUCGCCGGAGCUGGCGGCAUUGCUUGCUGACAUUCGGGGAAUGGUGGGAUGGCUUCGUCGCCGGGAUUAUGGUAGAUUUCCACGCGGUUUGGGGCGCAAAUGCGUUGCCGUGAAGCAAGCCAGGGGUUUCUAGCUAGGGGCAGGGCGAGGUGUAGCUCGUUAUGGCUUCCAGACGCUGCCACGGAUCAAAGCCUCGCAGCUCCCAGCCCAGAUUUUGUCAGCUCGAUCCAAAGAUUGGGUUGAAUCGUGGGUGUCUAUGAUGGUGUAGUAGCUUGAGACUCACACACCAGGAGGAGGCGGCAAAGAGUGCAAUGAAGGUCUACUAUGCUGGACCUUUCCAAGCUCGUUGGCUCCUCUGGAAACUUCUUCUUAUUGAGGCUUUUUUUCUUCUCGGUUGGAUUUCUGCCGCGUCGAGUAAGCUGGGUUAUGGCGGGAAGCAUCGGGAGGAGAUUGGUGCCCCGCAGUCUCACUCGUGUAUCCACGGGGAGAUUUUAGAGCAGCGAAGGCGCUAUGGAUUGAAAGAGUACACAGUCACUCCGCAAAUGUAUGGGCGCAACAACAAGGAAGCUGCGACGGGGCGGAGAUUGAUGAGCUUGGACGAGCUGAGCUUAGAUGGGCGGCGACCAAUCCGGAUCUUCUUGAAUUACGACGCUGUUGGCCAUUCGCCUGACAGAGACUGCAGAAAAGUCGGAGACAUUGUCAAGCUUGGUGAGCCUCCUUCGGGUGACGGACACAAAGUGCCGUUCUGUAAUUCCCGAGCCGAUCCUCCUGUCUAUGGCGAUUGUUGGUACAACUGCACAGUUGAUGACAUCUCCGGGGAGGAUAAAAAGCAGCGCCUGCACGAGGCUCUUGGCGAAACUGCUUCAUGGUUUAGAAGAACACUCUCGGUUGAGCCCGUGAAAGGACCUUUAAGGCUGAGUGGGUAUUCAGCGUGUGGUCAGGAUGGUGGCGUGCAAUUGCCCCGGCAAUAUGUUGAUGAGGGUGUCUGGGAAGCCGAUUUAGUUUUACUUGUCACGACGAGGCCUACCACUGGUAACACGCUAGCAUGGGCAGUUGCGUGUGAACGCGAUCAGUGGGGAAGAGCUAUUGCUGGUCAUGUCAAUGUUGCGCCGAGGCAUUUGACUGCCGAGGCGGAAACUUUAUUGUCUGCCACUUUGAUUCACGAGGUGAUGCAUGUUCUUGGGUUUGAUCCUCAUGCGUUCGCUCAUUUUCGCGAUGAGCGGAAACGCAGGAGAAGUGAGGUGGUGGUCCAGUCUUACGAUUCGAAGUUACAACGAGCUGUUACACGCGUUGUACUUCCCCGUGUAGUGAUGCAUUCUCGCCAACACUACGGGGCUUAUUCCACUGAAAUAGGCGGGUUGGAACUCGAAGAUGGAGGAGGGAGGGGCACUGCAGGCUCGCAUUGGGAGAAACGGCUUCUUAUGAAUGAGAUCAUGACAGGCUCUGUCGAUACUCGUUCAGUCGUCUCUGCUAUGACACUAGCACUAUUAGAAGAUAGUGGCUGGUAUCGCGCAAACUACAGCAUGGCAGAGCAGCUUGACUGGGGCCGAAGUCAAGGAGAAGCGUUUCUGACAUCUCCGUGUAAUCAGUGGAAGGGAGCGUACUUUUGUAACUCAACACACUCUUCAGGUUGUACAUAUAAUAGAGAGGCCGAAGGCUACUGCCCAAUAGUUAGAUACUCGGGCGACCUUCCGAAUUGGGCGCGCUACUUUUUGGAGCCCAACAAAGGUGGACAAUCUUCCUUGGCAGAUUAUUGUGCGUAUUUUGUUGCCUAUUCUGACGGUUCAUGCACCGAUGUCAACAGUGCUCGUGUACCUGAUAAGAUGCUUGGCGAAAUGCGCGGGCAUGAUUCAAGAUGCAUGGCAUCAUCCCUUGUUCGAACGGGUUUUGUGAGAGGAACUUUGACUCAGGGGAAUGGUUGUUACCAACACCGAUGUGUAGGGGAUAGAUUGGAGGUUGCGGUGGAUAGCUUUUGGAAAUCUUGUCCUCGGGAAGGUGGUCCCAUUCAGUUUCCAAAUUUCAAUGGAGAAUUGAUAUGUCCAGCUUAUUCGGAGCUGUGUGAUGAGGUGCGCUCAAUGCCUGGAGAGUGCCUUAAUGGCUGUAAUCUUAAUGGCGAGUGCAUUCAAGGGAAAUGCAGCUGCUUUCUUGGAUAUGACGGCGAGGACUGCGGCACAAGAACAUGCCCGGAUGGCUGUAGUAGUCACGGAACUUGCUCGUCAUCUGGCGUCUGUGAAUGCGAAACUGGAUAUACAGGACUGGAUUGCUCAACAGCUAGCUGCGACGAACAAUGCAGUUUACAUGGUGGUGUGUGUGACAAUGGAGUGUGCGAGUUUAGAUGCUCGGACUACGCCGGUUACACAUGCCAAAACAGCAGUGCACUCAUUCCCAGUUUGUCCCUGUGUGGGGACGUACUGAGUGGCGAUGCGCGUGGCCAGCAUUGUGCACCCAGUGAAGCCAGCAUCCUGCAACAAUUGGAAGCAGCGGUUGUAAUGCCCAACUACAACCGCCUCAUACCAAACGGCCGAUCGUUUCUCAACAUGUUUGAUAAUGGCUACUGUGCUGCCGCGGCUCAGCGACUUGCAUGCUGGAUAUCAAUCCAGAGAUGCGAUAUGGAUGGUGACAACAGACUUCGAGUCUGUCACUCGGCUUGCGAGUCAUACAACAGCGCCUGUGGAGCCCGACUUGACUGCUCGGACCGAACGCUGUUCAGCGGCGAAGGCGACGGGGAGGGCAUGUGUACAGGCGACGGAGCAGUCCGUCCAUGGUGGGAACUUCACUUUCGGACGCUACUGCUCGCUGGCCUCCUCGUCACCACAACCUGCUUCUUCUUCGGGGCAAUUCGACACCUUUGCAAGGGCUGCCACUCGUGGAGGGCCGGAUUGGACGACAACACCGGUGGUGCCAGCGGCUUCUACACCAUCCUGGAAGACGACGUUUACAACUCCAGCAACAGGUUUACAAGCAAGACAACAGGUGCUAUACUCUCAGCCGUGAGCAACCAAUUCAUUUGCCGGAGCUUUUGGACUUACCUCUCUCCAUCGCAGCCGCCGCGAUUUGGCACAGCAACAACAGCAAGCAACAGAUCAUUGGCACCAAGUGUUUGGGAGAAUAGUUAGCUCUCACAGCUCCAGCUUGUCAUUAAGCUGUUUUUCCAGAAGCAAAUGUACGAAGCUGGGCUUCCUAUUUUCA